CCACCUGUCGCAAAUCCCUCCGCGGCAACUGUUUGGUCUACAUCUGCCGACUUCCCGUCCACCUGCAUCUCAAAUCUUCCGCUGACGCCCGUCAAUAUUGCGCAUCUGUACCUGAGUAGUCUAUGUACGUAUGUACGUAUACACAUGUUAUGA